AGAGGUUGAGCAUCGCAACAGCAGCACCAGCAGCAACAGCAGCAAUCCGUGCAUUCUCAAACGGUUGCCUAGUAUUGCUUAUCGUUCUCUCGACAGUAUUGCCGGAUAGCGAGCCAGCCGCGUCUGUUUUCUGUAUUAUCUCUGGUAUUAUUUUUUUUUUCUGUAUACGUUCAUCUACUGGUCCUCUAUUUAUCAUCCCCGCAAACACGUACCGUACUGUGUACUGCUUGUUAGUAGUUCUUAAUUGUCAGGCUAGCCAAAAAAGUAUUAUUUUUCGCGUGACGCGCUGUAAAUGCCACAGAGGGAGAAAUGUUCUAUUUAUUAUUGAUGUAAGUUAAUGUAUUGCCCAUGCUAAGCAAGCAGUAUUCAUUGAUGUGGCCCUGCUGCAGUCUGGCCGCACCAGCUAGUGUUUAGGUCUAUUUUGUGGCUAAACGUUGCUACAGAAGCAGUCUGUGUUCGUACAUUCCUCCGCGCCUAUCCGCUUGUCAUCCCACAAACAUUGUAUGUCAUCCCUAAAAACAUUUGGGACAUUGAGUUAAGGUGGGAUAAAUCAAAAAACAUACGAGACAGGGAACCCAUUCAUUCCUCAUUUAAUGCUACUCUGAACGUCUCUCGCGUGACAUCCUCGCCUGCUCGCGUGGCCUCCCCCUCCUCGCUUAAAACACUGUAGGUGUCUAGUAGUAUGACAUUGACGGUGUCGGAAUCGGACAGCAAUAGCAAUCUGCGCACUAACCAUCCCCACCCGGAUAUGACCGAAUCUCUACCAAGUUCUGAACUCUCUCUGCUAGCAAAACUGGAGGCCGCAAACAAACUGAUCGAGAGUGACUCGAAGAGUCUCAACUCUCUACAGAGUUCAGCGCACAGCCGCAAGAGUUCCGAUACGAGUCAAAUUUCACUCAACUCCGGGGGUUCCUCCGUGGGUGAGGAGGAUAUCUGGUCGACAUGGGCUAGCAUUGUGGCCGACUGGGAGGCCGGUCAGAAGCGGAAAGCUCCCACGGUGAAGGAGUUGGUACGCAAGGGAAUUCCCCAUCACUUCCGGGCCAUCGUUUGGCAGUUGCUUUGUGGUGCUACAGAGGCCGAUAAGAAGCAGUACGCAGAAUACAUCAAAGCGACCAGUGCCUGUGAGAAGGUGAUCCGGAGGGACAUCGCCCGAACUUAUCCGGAGCAUGAUUUCUUCAAAGAGAAGGAUGGGCUCGGACAGGAGGCGUUGUUUAAUGUGAUGAAGGCAUACUCGCUCCACGAUCGGGAGGUGGGCUACUGUCAGGGCUCGGGCUUCAUCGUUGGGCUCCUGCUGAUGCAGGUGAUGCCAGAGGAGGAUGCUUUCUCCGUUUUGGUGCAGAUCAUGCAACAGUAUCGUAUGCGAGACAUGUUUAAACCAUCAAUGGCAGAACUGGGCCUCUGUAUGUACCAGCUGGAGAGUAUUGUUCAGGAACAGAUCCCCGAAUUGCAUCUGCACUUUCAGUCUCAGGGUUUUCAAACCUCGAUGUACGCUUCCAGCUGGUUUUUAACACUGUAUACCACCGCUCUGAAUCUCACGCUGAGUUGCCGGAUAAUGGAUGUGUUCCUCUCGGAAGGGAUGGAGUUUAUCUUUAAAGUGGCCAUUGCUUUGUUGCUGAUUGGGAAAGAUACCCUCCUUUCGCUCGAUAUGGAAGCAAUGUUGAAGUAUUUCCAAAAAGAACUGCCCCAGAAGGUGGAGAACGACAGCGACGGUCUGUUCAAUCUAGCAUUCCAGGUGAAGAUCAACACCAAAAAGAUGAAGAAAAUGGAGAAAGAGUACGCUGACCUGCGGAAAAAGGAACAGGAAGAAAUGGUUGAAUUGAGGCGGUUACGCAGCGAAAAUCGGCUUCUCAAGAAGCGCAAUGAGUUGCUCGAGGCGGAGAGUGCAGAGCUGGCCGACCGGCUGGUUCGUGGACAGGUCUCGCGGGCCGAAGAGGAGGAAACUAGCUACGCUAUCCAGUCCGAACUGUUGGCACUGAGACGGGCCCACCUCGAGGUGUCCCACCAGCUGGAAAACGCCAACGAGGAAGUGAGAGCCCUCAGUCUGCGAUUGCAGGAAAAUAUCGCGGAUAAUUCGCUUGAAUCUAACAACUCCCGCCAGAAUUCCUUCGAUGAACUCAUCAUGAAGGAGGAAGCGCUAAAGCAGCGUGACGAGAUGGUUUCCUGUCUGCUGGAGGAGCUCGUCAAGGUGCGCCAGAGUCUAGCCGAAAGCGAAGAUGUGAUACGAAAUUUGAAGACUAAAAUCCAAGAACUGGAAGAGGACAAGAAACGCCUCCGUGAGACGACCAUCGACAACUCGGUAGCACAUCUGCAGGAUGAACUGAUAGCGAGUAAGUUACGGGAAGCGGAGGCGAGUCUCUCACUGAAGGAUCUCAAGCAGCGCGUACAGGAGCUAAGCACCCAGUGGCAACGACAGCUAUCCGAGCAGCGGAACGAAGCCGCCCAAAGUAGCGAAUCAGGAGCGAAGAAACUUUUGUUUUGGGAGUCCUCUCGAACGGCAGAAAUGCAAAAACUGGAAGAGGAUUUGAUGACCACUCGGAUUCGGGAGAUGGAAACACUAACCGAGUUGAAAGAGCUACGGCUGAAGGUCAUGGAGCUGGAGACGCAGGUGCAGGUAUCUACCAAUCAGCUCCGUCGUCAGGACGAGGAAUCUAAGAAGGUUAAGGAAGAGCUAGAGGAAGCAUUGGCUCGGGAGAGAGAGUUGGCUAACAAGGCUCGCGAACAACAGCACCGAUAUUCCGAUCUCGAAUCGCGCAUGAAGGACGAACUAAUGAACGUGAAAAUUAAGUUCACCGAGCAGAGCCAGACGGUAGCUGAACUAAAGCAAGAGAUUUCCCGACUGGAGACAAAGAACUCCGAAAUGCUAGCCGAGGGUGAGCUGCGGUCGAAUUUAGACGAAUCGGACCGUGUCCGAGACCUACAGGACAAAGUUGCAGAGCUGAAAGCGGAGCUGGCAGCGCUCAAGUGCCGCGGUACCCCGCUGAACCUACGCAUGAUCAAGAGCACCUCGAUUCAGUCGAUCGACUCUACCAACGAGAUCGACUUCAGUGAUAUGCAGCUGUCGCGGAAGGAUAUUACAGGUAUGGGCGCUACUUCCACAUCGUCGUCGUCGUGAAAUUUAGCGUUAGAAGUAGUGAUAGUAGCCGCUGUAGCAGCAGAACUAGCAUCCUAGAAUUAGUUGUUAAAAGUCACGGAAGAAGUAGACAAGAAACGAGUGAACAUUCGCCGAUAUCUGGAGAUAGGGAUAUUUAAUCAAUCAUACCCAAAACACAUAAUAUACAUACCAUCUUUUUGUCUCUCCAAUGCAUCUAGUGUGAGUUAUAUUGAAACAUUGAAUUGAGCAAACGAUAGAGUACCAUUUGUAAAUUAACAAUACAAUUAGGUUGUAUUGUGCAGGCGAUGAGCGAGUAGAAAAAAAAACAAAACGAUACGACUGAUUAACCUAUCAUUCUACAGAGACGCCUAUUCUUAUGAUUUUGUAUGUGAACGUGUUUAGUAAUUUUAUUUCGUUUGUUUUUUUAUUAACUGAAGUUUAUUAAUUGAUUUAUUCAUUUCGCUUAAUCGGGCGGGAUAUGUAUGAAAAGAGUGAGCUGUAAGCGCCUCAGUGCAAGUCAAUGGCAAUUCAUAUACAUAUAUUUAUAUUCCGUGUUUCGUUUGUUCUUUCUUCUGUUAGUAUAUGUUUUUGAUCAGAGUUUUUUUUCCAGCGAGAAUUUGCUACAAAGAUGAGAGUCUAACUGUCAUAUAUAUAUAUGUUUGUUGCACAAUAGAAGAAAAACGAACAAGUAUUUUUCAAAGAGUCUAUAUCUAUAUGUAUACACACCAAUCGUAUGCAAGGGGAGGGUGCAUUCAGAAUGAACUUUCUUUCUUUCUUUAUAAUUAUUUAAAACGAGAAUAAAACGUUUUUUGUUCGUUGUUCGCUGUAUAGUAUAAGCUUGUUUUCUGUUUCGUUUCGUUUCGUAUAUUUUCACGCAGCGUCAGCAUUUUCAAAACAUUUCCACUGUGACUGAAAAGACGGUCAGAGCAAUUAGCUUAAUAUUCUUCUAUCGAAAAACAAAAGAUUGUUCAAGAAGUUUAGACCGUUCCAAAAUUUGCUCUAGCGAUAUUGAAUUAGCACUAGUGAAAGUUUACCCAAAAUCUCGCAUUCAACUGUGUAACCGGAGCAGUAUAUCAGUUAAUAUCCCAGAAAAUCUUUUAGAAGUUGAUCGUUGCUGGAGGAAAAAACAAAGCAAAACAAGAAUAUACAUUAAAACUAAUCCAAUCUAACGCGUGUGUGCAUGAUUAACAUGUGAUGAGUCAGAGUCAAAAGCUAAUUGUGAAAUACAAAUAAUGUGGCAAUGUAAUGUGUGAAACGUUGUAAUCAACUAGUGAUAAAAAAAUUCAAUUGAACAGAGAAGAACACGGGAAGAAAGUGGAAGGAUUUUAUUCCGAUAAACAUUCAUACAUAAAUAUACAUGCAAUCUUACAAUUGAUAUUUGUUAGUGGGAAAUACACGAAGAGUGUGUGAAAGAAGCAAACACCGAUAAAUGAAGCUAGUGAUGAUGAAGUUGAUGGGAAAAGAGGUGCCAAACACAUGAUUCAUCAGGCCGGAAAUAAUUUCCUCCUUUUUGCGUUCGGCUUUUGACCGUAGAGGCAAAUUUCCACCUCGUUUUGAUGUUCAAUAUUCUAAAAGAGCAACAAAUCUUAGUGAUAGUUCACGUAGGGCCACGAGAAGCGAAGAAUGUAUUGUUGUUUUGCUGUUUUCCUAUACUUAAAAGAUAUAUUAAUGUAUUUACAAGCAAAUUUGAUUUCUAUUCGUUCUGAAUGGUUUUUCUUGUCUGCCAAAAGUAACAUAAUAAAAGAAGUAAAAAUUAAACAAACUGAAAUACUCAUAACUUGAAGGUUAACCCUUUUCUGUUGGUUUUAUCGCGAUAACACAAGCAUGAUUUCGAAAAUCUUCCCCCCAUAUUUUGUCGUGCUAGAUUAAUAAAUAUUUAACGAAGAUUUGAAACCGAUAAAAGCACACAUAAUCCAAAAAAAUAGAGUAAUCCAUAGUAAUGCGUAACUGUAGAUGUACUUAAAACAAAACUAUGACUUAUGGAAGCAUACCCACUAGAACUCAUGUACUCAUUCCAAUCAGCAGAAAAUGUUUCAAAAUACCAUUCAAAAUAGAUUGGAUAGUAACGAAAAAAAGAAUCACACAGGGUAAAAUUUUGUAUAUCAGAUAUACAGAGAAUGUUUACAUUCGAGAAGGACUACAUUUGGGGGAGGAGACCAAACAGUCAACAGCGCAAUAACAUGGAAAAUCUGAAAUGCUUGUGUUAACAAGCAAGCAUCUUCUGAAAAACAUGAUUGGAUGAAGAACAACAAUACAGCAGAUAGAAAAAGAAACAACUUUCCAUAACAUAAUGGUGUGAAACGAGAAGAAAUGUUCUACCACAAAACAAAACGAAAAACGAACCAGAAUAGACACAUUUGAAAUUA